AUUCCAAGAAAAAUGUAGGAUGGAUAGAUCAAUUCCGGAGGUUGACGAAGAUUCCAGAACUAACCCAAUUUUUUCAAUUGAUUUCCCUUGAAGAGGUAAAGAUGACCCAGUUCCAGAAAUAUUCUCCACAACACUUAAGAUCAUCUUUCCCUUCUCUCCAACCCUCAGCCACGCUGUUUGAUUAUAGAGAUGAAUUCCCAUUUCAGGGAAACCAUGCUAUCCACAGGUGUCAGCAGUAUGAUCCUCAUAAACAGGAGGAGAUUGAUGCCUAUCCUCCCAAACAGUCUGAUGAAGCUCUGGAACAAAUGGGAACUCCGGGUAAUGGUUCUCCUCAGCCUCUCCUUACAGAUUCUCCUCAUCCUCUUGGGAAACAGGAGAAAAUACACUGCCAAAAGCUGGGUUGGAGUCAUCAUUUGGCUUGCCUACUUGUCUGCAGACUGGCUUGCAACAGUUUCUAUUGGCAUCCUCAUGAACCAAGAAGAUUGUGAAGAUAAAUCACCAGCAACAAACUAUGUGAUAAUGGCCUUUUGGGCACCAUUUCUGCUGGUUCAUCUUGGUGGCCCAGACACCAUUACAGCCUAUUCUUUAGAAGACAAUGAGUUAUGGCUAAGGCACUUCCUGGGGCUUCUCACCCAGUUUGGAGGGGCAUUCUAUGUCUUCCUCAAGUCCUGGGAGGGGGAAGCAUUGAACUUUCUAGCCAUUCCAGUGUUCAUCAUUGGCCUCAUCAAGUAUGGGGAGAGGACUUGGAUUCUCAGGUCUGCAAGCAGUGAUCACUUCCGAGAUGCCAUGCUGCCUCGCCCUGACCCAGGUCCUAAUUAUGCCAAAUUCAUGGAUGUUUACAGUCUGAAAAAGGCCGAGGGCUAUAAUGUUUCGCUGUGCCCAGGAAUCGAAAUUUCCAAGUUGGUGAAUCACUCCCCUCCAGCUGCAAUAAACAGCAUUGUCCCUGAUGCAGCCAUUUUGCAAGCUGCUUAUUACUUCUUCAACAACUUCAAACGGUUGUUUGCAGACCUCAUUCUUAGCUUCCAGGACCGCCAAGAUAGCCAGUCAUUCUUCCAGAGUACAUCUUGGGAGGAAGUUUUCAGGGUGAUUGAAACUGAGCUUGGGUUCAUGUAUGAUGUGCUCUACACAAAGGCAGUUGUGAUCUAUUCUAGAUUGGGAAGCCUACUCCGCUGCAUCAGUUUAUCUUUCACCAUUUUGGUGCUUAUCGCCUUCUCGAGCAUUGAUACGGGUCGAUAUUCAACUACUGAUGUGAUUAUAACAUACUCGCUGCUGGCUGGAGGGAUUGUUAUAGAAAUGUAUGCCAUUGCUGUACUCCUUUCCUCGGAUUGGACUGAGCUUUGGUUGAGUAAGCACAAAAACCCGUUUCUCAAUCUGCUUUACCGAACAUUCUUCACUCGUCGAUUAUGUUUUCAAUUACCUUAUGUACUGCCAGCAAAGAACAGAUGGUCUGAUUCCAUGGCACAGCACAAUCUGAUAAGUAUAUGCCUCAAAGAAAAGCCAGUCAGGUGCAGUGGAGUCCAGAAGUUCCUUGGCAUUUACGAAGCCUUACAGGGCCAUCAGUGCAAGAAUUCAAAAGUUUCCCCAGAUUUGAAAAGAUUGAUUUUCGAAAUUCUUCAAGAGAAAUCAAGGGGGGCCUCAGAUAUUGAGGCAUGUAAAAGAAUAUGUUCUCAAAGAGGUGAUAAUGUGCUAGAAAAAAUGAAUUGUCUCCCGAAAUUUGAUUGGAGCAUUAUUAAGGUAGAGUUCGACCAGAGCAUUCUUCUCUGGCACAUUGCAACUGAUCUCUGCUAUUAUGCUGACCUAAACAAAAACCCGAAUUCGGUUGAAAGUUCACAGUGCAAAGCAAGCAAGCUGCUAUCAGAUUAUAUGCUGUAUCUUCUGGUCAUGUGCCCCUUCAUGCUGCCUAAUGGAAUUGGGAAGAUCAGAUUUCAGGAUAGCUGUGCAGAGGCCACUGAAUUUUUUCAGGAGAGGAAUUACAUAACGAGUAGAAGCCAAGCUUGCACAACAUUACUUCAAGUGAACACUGAAAUUCUACCAUUGGAAGUGAAAGGAGAUAGAAGCAAGUCGGUGCUUUUCGAUGCCUGCAGGCUGGCUAAAUGUUUGCAGUCCCUGGAGAGAGAGGAGCAAUGGCAGUGUGAACAAAAAUGGGAGAUGAUGAGCCAUGUGUGGGUGGAGAUGCUAUCUCAUGCGGCUGGUCAGUGCCAGUGGAAUCACCAUGCCAAGCAGCUCGGGCAAGGCGGAGAGCUGCUCACUCAUGUCUGGCUUCUGAUGGCUCAUUUUGGAAUAACUGAACAUUUCCAGAUUUCACAAGGCCAUGCAAGGGCUAGGCUGGUUGUGAGUUAGGUUCGCCGAUGAAAAUUUUGUAGGGAAUGUUGAUGUUCUAGUUCAUAAAUUGAUGUAGUACUAUUGCUUGUCUGAUACAAAAAAAAGGAUCAUUUCAUGAUUUUCAAUUUA